AUGGCAGCCCUAAUUUACCAGAUUUUCUCGUCGUCGGCGUUGCUGUCGCAGGGUCUGUACCACCUCAUCUGCACCACCAGGAACCACCUCAAAUCCCCCCGCGACUACGCCGCCAAACCUCAUCAUCCACUCUCCUCCACCGCCCACCCCCACCACCACGGCAGAUUCCUCCGCCACCUCCACCUCUACCUCAUCAUCCUCUGCCUGCUCGUCGCCCUCAUCCACCAACUCCUCGUCUCCUCCUACGCCGAUCCCCUCCUCAAAGGCCGCACCCCCGUCCAUCUCUUCACCUCCCUCCAGUCCGCCGCCGUGAUAUUCUCCUUCCUCGUUCUCUCCUUGGCCCUCCUCGUCUCCGACUCCACCUCCCUCCUCCCUCUCCCCUCCGAUCUCUUCUUUGCAGUUGCCUCCGCUCUUUUCUUCCUCCAGUCCGCCCUCUCCUCCUCCUCCUCUGCCGUCCAGACCUCCGAUCUACAGGCCAGGUGCGCCUCCAUCUCCGCCCGCAUAUCCGCCCUCUCCUCUGCCCUGUGCCUGGUCCUUGCCUUCUGGCCCAGGCUGUUCGUGGCGGAUGCUGCUCUCGGCGCCUCAUUCUGCUUGCAGGGGCUGUGGGCCCUGCAGACGGGGCUCUCCCUCUAUGUUGAUGCCUUCAUCCCAGAGGGCUGCCACAAGCUCCUGGACGUGGUCAGCGGGGUUGAGGGCUCCACGAAGUGCGACUUGGAGGAUUCCACGCUCAGGGCCGUGGCCAUCCUGGAUUUGGUUUUUGUGAUUCAUGUCCUCUUCGUUCUCUUUAUCUUCUUGGUGGUUUACGGUGCUCUUGCCCGGUCUUUGGGUAUCCGAAGCAGAUUCGGGUCCUAUGAGGUCCUGCCCAAUGCAGCCGUUGAUUCUGAUCACAUUCAGCUGAAGGCGAUAACUGGUACUCAGGCCUGA